AUGAUUUUACAACACCUGACUCCUAAAUAUAGGAUUUUAAACCUUAUAGUGGGAUACAAUAUUCGUCCAAUUGCACAUAAUGCUGAUUUUGGACUUGAUCAAGCUUAUCUCCUAUAUGCCAUUGGAAUGGGUAUGAGUAUAGAUCUACCUUGUUUAAUAAUUGAUGAAAUUAUUUCGGCACGUGGUACGAAUGAUAGUCAGAAAUGUCUCUCAUUGCCAAUUUUGAUUUCAAAGAUUAUGGAGGAUUGUGGAGUUGUGAUUCACUCAAGUGAUGCUUAUUCUACUCCCAUGAAUCCAAUUAAUGGUGGGACAAUAAAAAAGGGUUUGGGACAAGGGAAGAAUAAGAAAACUCAGCCACAAGUUGAAAUUCAAAAUGAAGUUGCACCUGAGGAUAAUAUUGCAGCCCAAGCUGUCCCAAAUUCUUCCACAAGUGGUCUUCCUUCAUUGGAUGAACGAUUGUCUAUAUAUGCAUCUGUGAUGAUACUCAUGGGAAGAAUGAUGGAGGAAUUUGGAAAUACUCAAAAUGAAAUAAAGGAGUCUCUCAAUGUGAUUGAUAGUAGGUUGGAUAAAAUAGAUAGUAGGGUGGGAUAG